UGCAGAAAGAAAAAUGCAGGCGAAAGCGUCAGAGCAACCGAUUGCAACUGUGGGUGCGAAAAGAAGGGGUGACAAGUGAGUGAAGUGGGUGGUUUUUCUGGUUUUCUGAGGGGAAAGAAAAACUGUCACAAGGCCAUUAACAAAAGCCUGAGACUGACUGCCAGGAGGUUGGACGAUGGUGCAAGAUGAGAGCGAGCGGUGGGGAUAAAAAAAAACCAAAUUAAAAUUUCGAGGCGAAAUGAAAUGGGCAAAGCCAGCCAUUUCCAUAUUCACCGAGAAAAAAUUCGAAAAUAGUGCCAUUUUGUUUUUCAUCUAUCCAAAUCAAGAUUUAAGUUGCUCAACACCUCAACACCGGUAUGAUAAUGAUUUUGAUAUAAUAUUUGCAUGAGUUAUCAAAAUAAAUAUAUAUAAUACUUAAAAGAAUAUUAUUUGGGGAUAUGAUUAUAUUUGAAACUAAUAAUUGUACUUGUACACAUGGAAACAAAUUUAUACGAAGACAUGAAAUAAUAAUUACUUUUUAACAAAUAUUGUUUGAUAAAACCAAAAGGAUGUGCUAAUUGAAAACUGAUAUGGGAAAGCUUUUUUCCGCCUGUGUUAAUGUGUUGAAAAUUGAGAAUAGUGGGCGGAUGUUGCAUGUGCAUAUUGCAUAAUUUCACCUGAGUGGGCGUGGCAUCGUGUGUGUGCGCGCUUGUAUGUCUGUGUGUUUAAGUGUACGAACAGGAACCGCUGAUUUUCAUUUCGUUGCGUCGUGCAUUUGAUUAACCAUCUGGCGACGACAUCUCUCGCCAAAUUGAGCUUGGCAACAAUUUGGGAGGAAAAGCGGGGAAAACUCUGUGCAAAGGGGAGGGGAAAAUGCACAACCAACAAUUAAAUGCACCAACCAAUUGAGAGGGCUCAGUUGCGACCAACUGAUCCGGAAAUUUCCGAGGCAUGGAAUUGGGUUAGCUUAGUAUUUGCUGGGUUUAACAGUUCUCGUACACAGUGGAAAAUGGUACAUACAUGGUACAUGGGUUUGCAUAUUAACAAACAUAAGGCAAGUUAUUACUGUUUAUUUUGUUAAAUAUAUAUGCGAUUGUUAAGGUAUAACACAAGCAGAUAUAGUAUUUUUUCCCCGCCUUCUUAAUUUCCUGCGGUUGCCUGGGUAAAUGUUACAAAAAAAAAAAAAACUAGAAAACAUUUAACGUGUGACAUGGCAACCCCUUUGUUAUGACAACCAUACCAUUUGUGAAAAGACAAUUGCUGGGAAAAGCAGAUUGCCAGGAAAACUACGCCAGAUAUUUAAUAAUACUCCAGGAAUUCGAGGCAAUAGUUUUCAGACUUUUCCGGAAAAACCGCAAAAUGAAAACCCAAGGUAAAUACGGUGUGACUGCCACGGCAGCUGCGCAAGUUCUCUGUGAGGAUGUGAGGAAUUUCAGCACUCGUCGCCGCAAUAUUCUCUACCUAAUGCAUCGAUAUCUGGUGGAGAAUGGAUUCUAUUCGAGUGCUGAAUCCUUGAAAACCGAAGGACGUCUCUCCGAGGAGUACGAACUAUGCGACAACAUCGAUCUGGAUGCCAUGUACCUGGAGUAUGCCAGCUUUUUCAACAUGAAAUUCGGUAAAUACCCGAAGAUUCUCAAGAAGGCGGGUGCAAAAAUCAAAGUGGAAAUGGCUGGAAAGGCGACGGCGCCGGAGAAAAAGGAAUCCAAGGAAUCUAAGGAGUCCAAAUCCCAAAACUCAGAGGCUUCUGUGGCCAAUUGGCAUUUGAGUGUGGGUGCAGCUUUGAACAGUGAACCGCUGCAGAUCAAGAAGAUGGAAACCAGCUUUCCGGCCAAGGAAUCGAAUACUUGUGAAGUGGAACACGGUCAUUUGGGUUCGGAUGACAAUCUAUUCAACUCCCUGGACUGGCAAUCUCUGGCCGAGUUGGUCAAGACCUCGAUACUGCAGGAGAACAUAAAGCUGCGCUGGUCGGAUGUCUGUGGCAAUCAGCGGGCCAUUGAGUUGAUCAAGGAGGCCGUGCUGACGCCCAUCGAGUUUCCCCAGCUAUUUGCCCACGGCCUGAAGCCCUGGCGAUCCCUGCUCCUCCACGGACCGCCAGGAAGUGGCAAAACACUGCUGGCCAAGGCCCUCUAUUCCGAGACGCAGGGCCAGGUGACCUUCUUCAACAUCACGGCCAGCAUAAUGGUGAGCAAGUGGCGGGGUGAAUCGGAGAAAAUCCUGAGAGUUCUGUUCCACAUGGCAGCCAAACGGGCUCCGUCCAUUAUUUUUUUCGAUGAAAUCGAGAGUUUGACUUCCAAACGGGACAGGGCCACCGAUCACGAGAGCUCCAAACGCUUCAAGAACGAACUUUUGCAACUGUUGGACGGCAUGGAGCACACACUGAACGGAGUCUUUGUUCUGGCCAGCACUAAUUUACCCUGGGACAUCGACGAGGCCUUCUUGCGGCGCUUCGAGAAGAAGCUACUGGUGCAACUGCCCAAUGGGGCGGAGCGAAGCUGCCUGAUCAGCCGACUUUUGGGCAGCAGUGUCUCCCUGAAUCCCAGACUACUUGAGCAGCUGGUGAAGAUAUCGGAUCAGUUUACCGGGGAUGAAAUACGACUGGCCUGCAAGGAGAUCAGCAUGCACCGGGUGCGUUGUGCCACCAAGAUUGCGGAUCGAUCGGCCAUCCACGAUCCACCCAAAGAAUCCCAGGCUGCCAUCGAGGCCAAUGUGGAGCGGGCCUUUCAGCAAGUUCGUCCCUUGGGCCAGAAGCUGUUGGCCAAACACGAGCAGUGGCAGCAGGAAAAUGGUUCUUAAAAUGGGGCUACCCUUCACUUGCUUCGUAGUUAAAUAUAUAUUUUGUAUGAGCCUCCAA